UGAACUCGGUCAGUCGUCGCUGUAUCCGCCGAGCAGCACUGAGGGGCUUCAUGUGUGGUUAUGACUGAGGAUAAUGGAGAAAAAUGGAAACAGCACGGACUGAGAUCACUCACAGAGAUUUGGACUGGACGUAGAUGCUCCGCGGCCUUUUGAUUCCGCUACAGAUGUGGGAAUUUUCUGGAUUACAGUGAAGUUACUGGAAUCUUUGUCAUCUCGGUCUGAAGAAAGCCAUCCAGACGGCCUGAAAUCACUCAGACUCCCGCUGAAGCCCAGCCGCGCUUCUUGGAGACUACUCCCUCGACCUCCAUGUGAGACAGGAUGGGCAGCCAGGGCAGCCCAGUGAAAAGCUACGACUACCUGCUGAAGUUCCUCCUGGUAGGAGACAGCGACGUGGGCAAAGGCGAGAUCCUGGACAGCCUGCAGGAUGGAUCUGCAGAGUCCCCUUAUGCUUACAGUAGUGGUAUCGACUACAAAACCACCACUAUUCUCCUGGACGGCAGGAGAGUGAAGCUGGAGCUGUGGGACACCUCGGGACAGGGGAGGUUCUGCACCAUCUUUCGCUCGUACUCCCGCGGAGCUCAGGGGAUCCUGCUGGUGUAUGACAUCACCAACAGGUGGUCCUUCGACGGCAUCGACAGGUGGAUCAGAGAGAUCGAUGAGCAUGCCCCAGGCGUGCCUCGGAUCCUCGUGGGUAACCGUUUACAUCUGGCUUUCAAGCGGCAAGUUCCCACCGAGCAGGCGAGGGCGUACGCCGAGAAGAAUGGCAUGACCUUCUUUGAAGUGAGCCCGCUGUGCAACUUCAAUGUCAUUGAGUCGUUCACGGAGUUGUCGCGCAUCGUCCUCAUGAGACACGGCAUGGAGAAGUUCUGGAGGCCCAACAGAGUCUUCAGCCUGCAGGACCUCUGCUGCAGAGCCAUCGUGUCCUGCACGCCGGUCCACCUCAUCGAUAAGCUCCCGCUGCCCGUCGCAAUCAAGUCCCACCUCAAGUCCUUCUCCAUGGCCAAUGGAAUGAAUGCCGUCAUGAUGCACGGACGCUCCUACUCGCUGGCCAACCCAGCCGGCGGCUCCAAAGGCAACAGCCUGAAGCGCUCCAAGUCUAUCCGUCCGCCGCAGAGCCCGCCGCAGAACUGCACCCGCAGCAACUGUAAGAUCUCCUAACAAGCGCCGCUCCCCGGAUCGCAGCUUGGGCGUGGGAUCAGGAGACAGAUGUGCAGGGUGUCGUUAGCUGGAGGAAAUCCCUGAACCCGAAGAGCAGGAAUGAUGGAUAAAGGGAUGAAUGAGCGCUACCUCCCACCUACACGAGGUCAUGUUUCAAGUGUUUAAUGUUCUUUCCAGGUGAAGGGGGAGGGGUUCGAAUGGUGCCUCAGGAAAUUUAGAGAGUGACUACAAACGUUUUGAUCUUAUUUACACUAAAACAAGAGGAAAAGACUCCAGAAACUCCUCCCUGCUGGAGAGGCUACUACAUGAACAGAGAUCCCUCACCAACGCAUAUUUAGUUACUCUACAUGAUGCACGCCGCUCAGUGUCUGUGCAUCACCGCAGCCUUCACUUUCACACCUUUCCUGUUUCCUUUUUUCUGUCCACACCUCCGUUAUUUUGUGUUCUAUGACUGAUAAGCUAACCAUCAAAACACUAGAAAUAAUCAGUCGCUUUUUGUCAGCACACGUGUGUUUUAAAGUGAUUUUAUAUUAUAAAUCCACAGAGGUUUAGAGGCCCCACCCUCCAAAAAACCCCUGGAGGACCCGGCCUGAGCCGAGUCCAGACUUGUUAGUGUGCCUUGAGCCCAAGUGAACAAGCAUGCAGCAGAUAGAUCGCUAAAAGCACGACAGUAACCAUGAAUUAGAAAAUCCACAGAGGUUCAGAGUUUCCUAUUUUUAGUUUGCAGUCCCUUCAUCUUCUGAUCUUCUGAUGGACUCCAUUUGUCGCUUAAAUGCAGCCAAAUGUGACGGAUUAUACUGAGGAAUUUAUUUUAAACACGCUUUUUAUAUACAUUUUUUUUUUUUUUUAGGAAAAUGUGUUUGUUGUUCAAUAUUUCACAUGUGACAGUCAGCCAAUCAAAUGUACAAACCCAAACUGAACUUUUCAGACGGGGUGGAAAUGUGCUUGGGACUAUUUUCAGUGGAGGAGUGAUCCACAUUUGGUGUUCUAGUGUGGUUAUGUGUCAGUGGUGCAUCUGUUUUCAUUUUCACCUGAGAGCUUCAGAUUUUUUCCCCACUCCUUCCUCUCAUCAUGCUUUUCAGAUUUCACGCCUCACCUGUCGUGUCACACCUUUCUAACUCAGCAGAGUUUCGUCUGCGCUCACCUGCUGCUUCUCUGACAACGUGCCACCGAUGCAGACUCGCCACAAAGCGAUGCUCCACCCAAACUCUCUGAAUGAGCGUGUUGGUAACGGAGCAGUUAGUGACACUGCUGCAGUCCAUUAAUCCAUGUGUUGGCUUCACUGAAAACAUCAACAUAUGAUAACUUCGCUACGUUUAAUGAAGCCUUCACAUUCUGAAUGUCUUCAGAGUUAUCGGAUCUUGAAGUACAUCAGGGUGGAUUAAGAGCAUUAUUAUGUGUCUCCUCACACUUGUGCACAAACUGUGAUGCUUGGAGUGGGUUUAAAACCGAUUAGUUUGCGUUUUUUAACAGAGCUUCAACAUCUUUUUAAGCCCUGGAAGUUUCACGUGGAUAUCUGUUAGCUGUGAGGGAUCAAAAAAUGCAGAAUAACUGCAAAUUUGGACCCAUUCCUAUGUAAUUAGAGGGCCUUUAACUCUGAAGAUAUUCAUGUGUGAUGGUAAAAUUUUGCUUGGCUUCAUUAAAUAAACUGAAGUUAUUGAACAUAAAAAAUUCAGCUGAUUCUGAGAGACCCAGAGACGAGGGACCGAGUGAUUUCUUUCAUUAAAUAAUGCUGCUUUUCUGGGGUUUUAUUGCAUUUUAAACAGAUUAUUUGUGGUUUUUCGCUCUUUUAUGACUCAAUCGUCAGCUGAAGCUCUAAAUUGAGCACAAAGAACAUAAAGCAGUUCAUUAUAUCAUUAGCAGAAGUGAAGCAAAUAUAUGGUGUCACCCUAAUGGCUGCAGUCAGUGUCACAGUUGAUCACUGAUUAAUAAAACCCAAAUCACACUAAAGAUGUUCCAGCUGUCAUUGAAUUUCUCUGAUUUUCACUGCAAAAAGUUCAAAUCGAAUUCACUUAAAGUCACAGAAGACAAAGAAAACCGGCCAAUCGUGCAGAUUUGAAAACUGCAAACUGUUAAUUAGGAGCCAGAAGUAGCACAGAGGAAAUAUCCACAGUGUUUUUGUGCGCUCAGAUCUGAAUGCGUGGGCAGAGAGCCUCAGCACGCAGCUUUUCUUUGGCCUAAAAUACAGUUUGAAGUUUUCCACGUGCACACGGUUUCCCAACACGGCGCUGAAGUAUCGGCGUGCUGUUUCCGAUUAAAAUGAUCAUAUUUACUGUGAUGAAGCGUGGCUCUGUCUGCUGCAGUGAAGCUGAAACGGUCCUGAAGCUCUGCUGCGACAUAAUUGGCUCACAUGUUUCUGCUUUGGUUGCUGAUUGGUGAUUUUGGUGGACUGGCGAUCGCUCGGGCUUCGCUGAGUGUCGCGCCCGCUCUUUGUGUAACAUGUUUGGUUUUAUUUUCACAGUUUUCAGGAGUUUAACCCGAGCACAGCUGCUGCUCUUCAUUGGGUGGCGUGUCAUUUUACUCAUCCGGUCACAUCUUUAACCCACAGAGUCUCCUCAGCUGUUAGCUCACGACAGCUGUGACUCUGCUGUACGUUCAGGCGUCCCGCACGUCUGUCUGCUCGUGUGUUUGCCAUACGUUUAUUUCAGUUUCAGGCUUUGCCUGAGCUCUCGUGGGGAGAGGCAGCGACGCCCGAGACUUUCUGAAAAGCUGUUCAGAUGAUGUGACAGUUGAAGUUCUGAUGAGGGCAAACAGGAAACCAGUCACACGGCUGGUCAGGCUCGUGUUGAAGUGGAAACUUUCCAGUAUUGAUAGUAAACAGUGACCCGUGUUUAUCGGACCGCUCUGAAUGUCACUCGCUGUCUUUCAUAACCAACUUCUCUGUAAUGCAGAUCAACUGUCAGAGCAAAAUGUCAGCGAGAGGAACAUUUUCACGCUUUAAUCGACUCUUUUCACUUUUUGAGACGUCUCACAGACCAGAACAUUAAUCGGGAGAUGUUGAAAAUAUAAAAAGUCUUUCUCUCAGUGGAAGCAUAAAUAGUUUCACUUCAUUUCAGGAUGCUUAACUUCCUUUUUUAUGCUGUUUGCAAUUUUUAUUCUGUGAUUUUCAUCACAUUUCAGAGAAAAUUAAUAAUGUGUUUUAGAUAAAAUCAGUUUUCCGCCCACUCAGAGUCUCAAUCUGAAGAUAAAAUCUCGCCUUCAUUUGCGUCACAACCAUAAGCUCCUUUCACGAGUGACAAAAACUACAUUAGUUAAUAAUUUAGACCCAGAAGGAGUCGGAGUUAGAAGACGACCGCGGUGUCAAAAUGUAGAUAAAAGCAGACGUGUGGCCGCGAAUCCCACACGUGACAGUUGGAAUAACUUUUUAACUUUGCAUGGCGUUAUUAAAUUAACCAUUCAGCAGAAAUCAGCUGACUCUGAGGGGGUCAGGGGUCAGGUGGGAGUGAGCUGCAGGUCCUUUCAGAGGACUGAAGCACAGACGUGUGUUCAGGAUGUCUGCUGCUGGUUUUCCUGAUGUUUGAAAUAAAAAAACAGCAGACUGUGCGUUUAACCUCCUAGGACCUGGCGUCCACAUAUGUGGACAUCACAUUUUGGGUUAUUUAGACCAAAAUACUCAAUUCUGCUCUACAAGGGCCUGAUAUCCACUUACGAGGACAUUAUACUGCUACUGUUCUAUCAAAAUUUUAUACUAAUAUUCUCAUAUGUGGCUCUGAUUUUUCAUAAAAACAAAAAUAAGGUAAAAAAAAAAAUCUGGUAAUUCUUUGUUUUUACAUUCAUUGGGUCCCAAUCAGCCCAAAUAUCAAAGAGAAAUUAAAAAUGCAUGCCAUGGAAGAGUUCGGGUCUUAGGAGGUUAAACGUGAACUCUUGAUAAUUGAAUUAAGCUGCGACCACGAGGAUGGAAUUAAAUGACCGUCCGCCUCGUGUUUGCCGUCUGUGUUCCCGCCCUGUCUGCUCUCCUGUCAGCGCAGCGUCGGCCUCCGUGUGCGAGCGGCCGCUCGUGUAGAAAUGAGCCGGAACACGUGAAGUCUUCCGAGUCGCUGCGUUUUAAACUCCUCCGACUGGAUCUCCCACGGGAACCAAAGCAGCAGGUCUUCUUCUCUCUCUGCCUCUGAUCUGCACCGCCGCCUCUGCACGCUGUCCCAUGAUUCAUAGCUGCUGAAUAAUAGAUGCUCCUUUCAUAGAUCUCUGAAGAGCUUCAUCUCCAUCUCUUUCUUCCUCUCUGCUCGCUGCGUGGUUUGUUUCCUCCUCAGUUUCUGCUUCUGCCUUCUUUUCCUUCGCCUUAAAAUCCUGCAGAUGAUCGUUUUUUCUCUGCGCUUCGUUCCAGGUUUUGUGGCGUCUCUUCAGGCGGUCGGUGGGAGCGCCCUCUCCAUCCACUCGGUUUUGUUUUGUCUCCUUUCUCACCUUUAAUGAUGCCCCCCACUGAUCCAGAGUCAGAUUAUUCCUCCACCACACACAUUAACUGUAGUUCCAGCAGCACCCUCAGGACCAGCCUAAUGUUCUCUAAGAAUAGCUAAACCAUGAGAUUAGUCUUGUUUAUGGUGGUUUAAUGUUCACUGAUCUCAGCACAGUAAACAGCAUCUGUGCUCGGUCUCUCACUGAAAGUGUUUUAGUGCAAAGCUUCUAAAAAUAGAAGCUCGAUCGGGCUGAAUGCUGCUCAUCUAAAAUAACGCACAAGUCGCCUGAAAGGUCAAAUAAAGAAGAUUCCGAGUUUAAGUUCUCGAUAAACUGCAGAGAUAUGAGUCGCUGAUUAAAGGAGAAACAUGACGUAGAUUUACAGCUGACCCGUUUGGCUCGUUUCCAGCUCCCUCAGAGCAGCUUUGCAUGAUUCACAGUUCAAAAUAACCCUUCUUUAUCUGAAACCGAGCCUCUGUGCAGCCCCUCAGCUCAUCCUCUGCCUGAAACACAGUAAUUUAGCUCCUCCCCGUUUAAACCAGCUUUCUUCUGAUUGGCUACCACGUGCAAUCAGAUGGUCUGAGAUACAAUAUUAGGCAUGUCCACUCUCUGUGACAUCAUUUUACCAACUUUAAUGUGAAUUAAGACGAUUCAUUUUAAAUGUUUUUGUGUUUUCAGUCCUAAAAAUUUUGACAUACCCCUCAUUUCAAGCAGGAUUGUAAACUACACUUAAAGCACUCUGCAUGUUUCUGUUAUAAUGCCAGACUUCUAUAUUAAACAUGUCUGUUGGUUCUAAUAAAGAGGCAACGAUAUGUAGACGUAACCCUGUUAAGCCAAAGUUCAGCCUCUGCUCUGAUUAAGGUUUAGAGAAGCCGAUUUCUUCAUCCAGUCCUUUCUGCAGACAGCACAGCUCACAAAUACCCAAAGCUGCCCCUCAGCAGUCGUCCAGACUUUAGCCAGUCAGAAGAAGGUUCAGGAAGGUGGGUGCCUUUAAGCAACGGGAGGAAAGUCAGCUUGUUUGACAGAAAGGCCGGGCAGCGAUAAAUAAGAUCUUUCCUGAUCUGUGAGUCAUGCGGCGCUGCUCUGAUGGAGUCCCAGAAGAAGAUAAGAUAAGAUACCUUUAUUAGUCCCACGAGUGGGAAAUUUCAUGUUAAGGCUGCCGACCUAUUGCACGCAAUGGAAAAUACAUGUAAAUAAUUGGAGGAACUUUUACGUUUGAAGCACAGCUGAAUAAAAGGAAAUCAGCAGUGAUGAUCACAUGGUUUUUAGUAAAUGUGCAGAAACUCUCUCAUAGUCACAACAACAGCAGGAAGUGAAGAAAAUGUCCUCCUGAUGAGGAGCCUGUGAGCGUGGUUCAGCAUUUUUCUUUUCUUGCAGUUUUCACACGUAUUUUAAACGUUCGUUACGGAAGUUCAUGAAUGGAAAAAAGCUCUCACACCAUCAGGUUUCAUCUCUUUGCCAACAUUUUUAGGUUUUUAGCUUCUCCCACUCUGAGGCUUUUAUUUUCUUGACAUCAGCACAACAAACCUCGUGUGUUGUUGUGUUUGUUCAUCCAACCACAGUUUUUUAUUUGAAUAACCACAAAAACGUUCAGAGGAUUGUGGGAAUGUUUGUAACAACAAGAAGAAAAAUGACCAGUAAAACACUACUCCUGUCUUUUUGGCUGAAGCUGCUGAGCGUGUGUGUGUGUGUGUGUGUGUGUGUGUGUGUGUGUGUGUGUGUGUGUGUGUGUGUGUGUGUGUGUGUGUGUGUGUGUGAGUGAGAGAGAGGUAAUGAUCUUUAAACAUCAAGCUGAACAUUUUUCUUUCUUGUUUUUAAAUUAUUGAUUGUACAGUUUAAGGCGAUGUGUAUGAAGAUUUUUCACAAUAAAAGUAUUGAAUG